AUGUUUGUCUCAGGAGACAGCAAAUACAAGCUUAAGACGACUACGCAAGACCUUGAAAGCCAGUCCAGGAGCGAAGAUUCUGGCAUUUAUAACCUGGUGGUUUUUGAAGGUGACCACAAUGUCGUCCUUGAGAUCGGCUACACUAGGACAACUUUGCGAGGCAAGCCACGUCAGAAGCGAACGUUUCACUACAUUAUCAAAGAAAACCUCAGGUAUAUGUGCGAGUUUUAAACUGAAAAAAUGCAUUUAUCAAUUAUUAUGUUAUUUUUGACCUCAUAACUUCACUCUUAACUGGUUGUAGAAAUUAAUUUGUGUUUCCCGUUAUGUGAAUCCUGGAAGGCCUCAACAGGCAGCUUGAGUAAGAUUAAACGUUCAACGUAGUAUCCGACGGAAUACUGAAAAUAAUGAAAAUUUGAUUUUACCUCUUAUUUUCAUUUUCAGUCGUGAGACAAGAUGGAUUUAAAAAUUUUAGCUAUAAAACAGGGAACAAGGAGGCAACGUGGCCGAGCGGUUAGAGCGCUGGACUUUUAUUCCGGGGGGCCCUAUUUGUUCUUGGUAGGCUGGAUUUUUUCUCGGUAGUCCCGAGUUCAAAUCCUCCGGACCAAGCUUGUAAAAUAGCCAGCUGGCUUGCCUCCUACCAUUUGGGAUUCUUAAAACCAUGUUAUGUUCCAUUUAAAUUAUUUGUUUCAUUUUCGCUGAAGAGCCUUAUAAGGGGAGAGGAUAAUUAAGUAUUUAUUGAUUGAUUGAUUUUUCUGAUUUUUUUAUAGUCAUUUAGGCAAAAUAACAAACCCGAUAAAGACCAUUACAGUUAAUUACCACUAAUUUUUUUACUGUAAAUGAUAAGAGUGAAGGGAAGAACUGCGUAUAAAGAAUUGUGUGCUCCAGAUGGGAAUUUUGAGCCCAGGACCCUUCGUAUAAUAGUCGGAGGGCUCUAACUCCAGAGUUACUGGCAACUUAGUAGUCAACGGUCGUCAACUACUUGACACCGCCUCGGCCUACGGCCUCGACGGAUAACACCCUCCGAGAUCCCAUAAUUCUUCACAUGAUACGAAAGCCGAAUUCAUUAAUUGUCAAAUAACAAAUGUGCACUCUCAUAGCCAUCUCUAUAAGAUAAAGUACGGCCAAUGAACAGUACUCCUGUAAAUACCACAACAGAUUCAAUUCAUGAACUUGAAUGUCUUUGACAGGUACAAAAACAAGGAUAGGAAUCGCUUCGAGUUUGGCACAUCUGAGCGCAUGUCUCUCAAGGAAGCCGCUGCAAAAGUUCAGGAGCAGAUCGCGGCUGUAGACAUCUUAGUUACACAUGGCGGAGCACAGGAUGCAGAAUUGCUUGAGUGCUGUGGGAUUUCAGUGACAGAGAAGAUCAUGUUUGACACGCAACUUCUAGCCAUGGUUUUAAUACAAGAUCGACGACUGGACCUCAAUAAUCUAAAGCAAUUGCUGGUCGAGUUGGAAAUCCCAUUUGAUGAAAAUGUUCGCCUUUACAACAGCGGAAAUUAUGCCUACAUGAACGCGGCUGUAUUUCUGAAACUAAAACACAUCGCAAUCUCGCGAAAGUAG